AUGACGCACUUCCUCCAUGAUAAUGCCAUUUUGAUCGGAAAGAAUAGCGUGUUUAUUUUCGUCGCAGGUGUGUUUGAGGUUGAAUAUUUGCUCUAAACGCGCAGUAUUACGUGUAUGCUACUUUAGAAAAUAUUAGUUAAGACUUAACGUUAAUUAUACGAUUGCUCGAUUUCAAAUUACUUGGACGAAAUUUCAACUGUUAGGACCAACACGGCACGAAACGCCGUUAGCUCACUAAAAGCUCCAUUGCUAAAGCUAGGUCGUCCGGUGUAGAUGACAGAGCAAGCUAACAAAGGAACACGGAGUGGGACCGAGGCAGGUUCGUUUGCUUGAAAAUCUCACGAGAUCUAGUUAGUCGUUUAAAUACAAUUUCAUUUAAGCAACGUCCAACGUCUAAACUGACUUAUUUUUUAUAAACCGCGGUGUAUUUUCGGAACUAUUUUUUUUUUGUAUUAAUCAACUAGUCGUCGGGCAUAUCGAAGUGGGUAGAGAGCUAAUUUUACAUAGCCAGUGCAGUAUUUUUGACUGAGAAAAGGCGUAAUUGUAGGUACAAAUGGCAGAGUUGUACAUUCGUGUGGCCGAAGAAGAGAAUGAGGAGCCCAUGGAGAUCCCUUCUGAGGACGAUGGCUCUGUGUUGCUUUCUACCGUGGCAGCUCAGUUUCCUGGGGCCUGCGGCCUACGAUUCAGGAGUCCUGUUUCACAGUGUAUGAGAGGGGUCCGUUUGGUGGAAGGGAUUCUUCAUGCGCCUGAGAACGGCUGGGGCAAUCUGGUCUAUGUCGUCAAUUAUCCCAAAGACAAUAAAAGGAAAAUGGACGAGAUUGAUGCCGCCUCUGCUGUGAAGAUGAAGAGAGGUGACAUGAAGACAUCUGAUCUGAUUGUACUGGGGUUGCCAUGGAAGACAACUGAACAGGACCUGAAAGAUUACUUCAGCACCUUUGGGGAAGUCAUCAUGGUGCAGGUGAAACGAGAUGUGAAGACUGGAAACUCAAAGGGGUUUGGCUUUGUGAGGUUUACUGAGUAUGAGACUCAAGACAAAGUGAUCUCACAACGCCACAUGAUUGAUGGAAGAUGGUGUGACUGCAAACUCCCCAACUCCAAGCAAGGUCCAGAUGAGCCCAUGAGAAGCAGAAAAGUGUUUGUAGGCCGUUGCACUGAAGACUUGUCCGCUGAUGAACUGCGACAGUUCUUCAUGCAGUAUGGUGAGGUCACUGACGUCUUCAUCCCCAAGCCCUUCCGUGCCUUUGCCUUCGUCAGCUUUGCCGAUGACCAGGUUGCCAGUUCCCUAUGUGGAGAGGACCUGAUUAUUAAGGGGGUCAGCGUGCACAUCUCAAAUGCUGAGCCAAAACACGGCAGUAGGCAGAUGACGGAGCGAGCAGGGCGGUUUGGGAACGGGUUUGGGGCUCAGGGCUUUGGUAGUAACCGCACAGGGUUAGGGACCAGCGCCAGUAGUAAUAUGGCUAAUUUUGGGAACUUUAGUCUGAACCCUGCCAUGAUGGCUGCUGCUCAGGCUGCCCUACAGAGCAGUUGGGGAAUGAUGGGUAUGUUGGCUAGUCAGCAAGGGCAAACUGCCACCUCAGGCACCACCUCCACUGGGCAGACUAACUCCACCAGGGAUCAGAGCCAGGCCUACAGCACAGGCAACAGUAACUACGGCACCAACUCAGCCAGUCUAGGUUGGGGUACCGGUUCUAACGCAACAGCCAGUGGUAGUGGGUUUAGCUCAGGAUUUGGCUCCAGUAUGGAGUCCAAGUCUUCCGGGUGGGGUAUGUGAAAUAGUUUGAUGGUAAGUAUUGUGAGGUCUUUUUCCUAAUUUAUUUCUGGUGUUAUGCGUAUCUGAUACUUAAACGCUUUUGUGAAGGCUGUUUUGUACAUUUGGAGAUCAAGAUUUUAAUUUAGAAAGUGUUUGAAAUGAAUUAUUGUUUACCAGAGUCGUGCUACUUUUGAAGUCAAAUUGAUUUGUUCUUAAGUUUGUUAUAUCCUGACUUAUUUUCAACUGGAUUCUUUGAUGCAUGCAUUGUGAGUUGUGAUGUUUCUGAAUGCAUGAGAAAUCACUGGUUCACUAUCCAUCUGUAUAUUUGACAACAAUCUUGCAUUGGAAAGAAUCUGGUUGAAACGUAAAUGUUUUAAGUGCAACUUUAUUUUCAGUCUCUAGUUAAAUGGAAAAGCCUUCACUACAAUCUCUUCUGCAGUUCACCUCUCUUCCAUUUUCCCGGGAAGAAGCUCCUCUUUGGCAGCAUUCUUUGGGUGAUGUCAAUAUCACUCUCUUCCAUCUAUAAAUGCUUUGCCAUCAAAGAACGGCUUCACUCCGCAUGUUCUAAGAGACGGUGGGUGUUUAAUUUUUAUCCACUUUUUAAUGGAAAGAACUGCGCAACUGACAUUAAGAACUCGUGAGUGCGAUUGAGGAUGGCUUGUGGCGAAGAGUGAAUCGAUGAGUGAGCGAACAGAGAGAGAAAAAGAAAGCGUGAAACGGACUGGUUGUGCGAUGAAAGAGCCCAAUUUGACUGCUGUUGUGAGUGUGAAUGGAAUCUGCAGAUGCUACAAGCCCCCCUCCCCCCCCCCCCCAAAUGGACUUUCAUUUACUAGUACUUCAAGAUCUCUCUUUGCAAUUUGUCACACCCUCCUGUAGUAUAUUGAUCAAGUGCAGAAGUGGUACCCAAAUGUAGUGUGGAAUGUUGUGCUGAAUAUUUGUCUUGUAUUAUAUAACCUACAUGACCUGAGUGGUGUGUGUGUGUGGUUUCUUUCCUUGUUAUUGAUGCUCUCUAUGUGUGAACUUUGAUGUGGAUGACACCUGCUGAGGACACUGGGGACGUGAGUGAUGGUGUGAGAACGUGGUGUGGUUGUCAAAUGUUUCCCAGUGUGUGAUUCUCUGGUGUGUUUUAGAUAUGUCAAAUGGAGGUCUCUAAUAAAAUGUUUGAAUAGUUAUAUUUAUUUGAAUACUAGUUACUUUUGUGUCAUUUGAAUUGUCAAAUCUAACUUAAUUCACAUAUCUAGGGACCUUGGACACUGCUGACCGAGGUUUGCAUCUGAACCCAGACCGGAGUCAGUGUCCUGAAGGAUGAAGACAGAAGUCCUCACAGGCUUGAAAUGGGGCCUCUUAGAUUUAUGCCAACUUAAAAGGAGUCAGAAUUGGGUAGUAAGUUUGGAUACAUUUAUGAUCUAUUCUGUCAGACAUAACCAAGGUUUUUAUUUUUUUCAAUGGGCUUCAUUUUAAAUUAAAGCGAAUGCAUUAUUUGGGCAGAGGAGUAAUUUAUGUCUGAUGUAUUCUUUGGGACAUAAGACAAAUAAUGAACAGGUUAUGUUAUUUCAGACUUGCACACUGGGAAAUAGUGUCCUGUCCAUAAAGGAUGUUAUGGCAUGUGUCGAAAUGAAGCUAAAUGGAAACACCAGUUGUCCUUUUAAUAAUAAUUUUUUAUUGAACAGAUUUUUUUAGUAUAACCUGUUGGGGAGAUGAAGUUGGAACCGUGCUCUAAACAUUUCAGCCAAUGAAUAUAUUCUCACUGUACCACUUGUUGGAUGAUAAUUAAUAAAUAUUUUCUACAAGUUG